AUGGCGAGCUUAGCUUUCAUUACAAAUCGUCGCCCAACCCAUGCGGAUCAGGAAGCCACCUUGCGACAGUUUGCCAAGACGGUGGAUGUUAUCAGAGGUUCAUUUUUCUUCCUGUUGAUUCUGCAAUGUGUAUGGACUGUUUGGACAUCUUCAAGUGUUCUCCUCAGAUUCCUAGAAGCAGGUGUUCCCUCGGAACUAGUGGGAGUUCUUUGUGUCUCCACAGCUCUCAACUGUGUCGGAUGUUUGGCGAAAGUAAUUGCAUUUCUCAAACUAUCCUUUACAUUGGAGUACAUUUGCACUUAUUUGUUGAUAGCUAGAUCAAUGUUUGAUGUUUCUUUCUGGUUUAUACUUGUUUUUUCAUUUGAUUUACAUUUUGGAUUGCAUUUUUACUACGACACUACUCUUUUGAGUGCGGUGCUGAGUGCACUCGAUACGGUCUUGUUCCCUCAUUUUUUGCUCUUUGAGCAUGAAAAACUUCUAAGGAAACAGGAAUAG